AUGAACAACAACAAUCAGUUCUCACGGUUCAAUCUCUUCUUUCGUCUUACCUUCAUCAUUCUCCUUCAUCCUUUAUUUCUGCCAGUGCCGUUACUUCAGGGCGACUUCCGGUGUACUCCUUUGGGUUCUUGCAGACUGCAGCUGCAAGAAUUCAAAGGUACUACCCUACAGUCGCCCUUCAAACAUAGUUUCUCAAGGAUUUUGGAGACUUUGGAUGGCACAGUGACAGCCACUCCUCCCUUUGAGCGCCCUCCUGGCAGUUCCCUAAUAGCCACUCCUCCCUUUGAGCGCCCUCCAGUUCCCAACGAUUAUACUUACGAAUUUCGGGACUUUGGAUGGCAGUUAGAGCCACUCCUCCCUUUGAGCGCCCUCCAGUUCCCAACUAUUCUGCUUAUUGGAACUGGGGGUUGUGCAGUGCAUGCCACUUUGCAUGCCACUUGUCAGUGGCUCCUGCUUCUUGAAAUUGGCGGUAGCGCAGUGCAUGCCACUUCCUGCUCCAACUUUUUAAUGGUGACUGCUGAACCUGCCGGUACUUUUGUGUGGCAAGUGCUCUCUAGUUAA